AGAGGAGAAAGGAUUCCUCCCCUUUCUUUCCCCCAUUCCCCCUUAAGAGGAUCAGGACGCAGCCGCAGCUCACAUUGGGCCACCUUAAAGGAGGAGUGCCGCUCUGGCCUCCCGCCAAGUCCCACCCGCUUCCAGCUCUUGCUCCACCCCGCACUGCUGGGGAGAGCUGGCGAGCUGGUGUCUGUCCGAGUUGGCUGUAGCUGUUGCCAUGACAAGCAUUUUCUUAAGAGAGCUCUGCUGUUGAGACCAUCCAAAACUGGGGAUUGAGGGGGGAGGCACGAACUUCCUGGGGAACCAUCCUUCCGAGGAAAGCGAGACCAGAGACACCCGCCCAGACCCCCUGCAUUAUUUUCUUCCCGGAACCUGAGAGGUCCUUCCCAUUGGGAGGGCCGGGGGAGGAGACCCGGCCCACUCCCCGGUUGUAGCAGGGGAAAAAAAAAGGCAAGAAAGCAAAGCCAGCAUCUCUCGCGUGCUGCUACUUUGGGGAGACCAGUGGGUGGUCACCCCCACCCUACCCUGUCCAUGGAAACCCGGAGGGAGAUUCCUGCUUGGAGAAGCCUGGAUCUUUGCUAGAAAGAGAGAGAUCCAGUUGUCAUUGGUAUCCAGAGAGCCCUCCUCAUCCUCCUGCUGCUUCUCUACCACUGCAGUUGCUGUUUGUUGCUAAGGUUGCCUCCAUGGUAACGUGCACAUCCUGUUUACACCUCCAUCUGGGCAAGUUGGUCUAAGCUAGGAACCUACCUACCCGGGACAACCACUGCCAUCACCACCUGGGGACACCAAUCAUCGUGACACGUGGUCCGGCUUCCACUCAGUUCCCCCAUCCUCUUCCUUUUCUUGCUGCCAACCUUCAUAAAGAAACAGGAUCUGGGCUAAGGCUCUGAAGCUUAUUGCACAAGAUAUAGUCAAUCUGUUUUCUAACUGGGUUCCCACAGAAGCAAGAAGUAGGAAGAAGGCAGAGAAGCAACACAUCCUGAUCAGUUGAAGGGAAACUUCACAUUUUCUCUAACUGAGGGGCUUGGGAACAGCAGGCAAAAUGACAAGCCAAACAGAACAUGCCUCGCCGGCCAACUCGAUGGUUGAGAGCCAUGAAGGGGACUUUGGCUGCUCAGUAAUGGACCUAAGGAAGCUCAUGGAGCUGCGUUCAACUGAUGCAAUCAACCAGAUCAACGUCCACUAUGGAGGUGUACUGAAUCUCUGCCGAAGGCUGAAAACCAACCCUGUGGAAGGUCUCUCUGGGAACCCAGCAGAUCUGGAAAGACGUAAACAAGUGUUUGGAAUGAACUUAAUCCCCCCUAAAAAGCCCAAGACCUUCUUAGAAUUAGUGUGGGAAGCCCUUCAAGAUGUCACGCUCAUCAUCCUGGAGAUCGCAGCCAUCAUCUCCCUGGUUCUGUCCUUCUAUCGGCCUCCUGGUGAAGAAAAUGAACAGUGUGGUCUGCCUGUAAGUAGCCCAGAAGAUGAAGGGGAGUCAGAAGCCGGCUGGAUUGAGGGGGCAGCCAUUCUGUUCUCGGUGAUCAUCGUGGUGCUGGUGACGGCCUUCAAUGAUUGGAGCAAAGAAAAGCAGUUCCGAGGGCUGCAGAACCGGAUUGAAAAGGAACAGAAAUUCUCCAUUAUUCGAAAUGGUCACAUCAUCCAGCUCCCUGUGGCUGAAAUCGUGGUUGGUGAUAUCGCCCAAAUAAAAUAUGGUGACCUGCUGCCUGCAGAUGGGAUCCUGAUCCAGGGGAAUGAUCUCAAGAUUGACGAGAGCUCUCUGACUGGGGAAUCGGACCAUGUCAAGAAGUCCCUGGAGAGAGACCCCAUGUUGCUCUCAGGGACCCAUGUCAUGGAAGGCUCUGGCCGGAUGCUGGUGACUGCUGUGGGUGUCAACUCCCAGACUGGGAUCAUCUUUACUCUUUUGGGGGCCAGUGAGGGAGAAGAGGAGGAGAAGAAGAAGAAAGGUAAAAAACAAGGAGUCCCUGAAAAUCGCAACAAAGCAAAGACUCAGGAUGGAGUGGCGCUGGAAAUCCAGCCACUCAACAGCCAGGAGGGGAUCGACAAUGAGGAAAAGGAGAAAAAAGUGGCCAAGCUACCCAAGAAGGAGAAGUCGGUGCUACAGGGGAAGCUGACACGCUUGGCUGUUCAGAUUGGGAAAGCUGGCCUGAUCAUGUCUGCUAUCACCGUUCUCAUCCUGAUUCUGUACUUUGUGAUUGACAACUUCGUGAUAAAGCGUAAACCAUGGCUAGCUGAGUGCACCCCCAUCUACAUCCAGUACUUUGUCAAGUUCUUCAUCAUCGGUAUCACUGUACUGGUGGUGGCUGUGCCAGAGGGGCUGCCACUGGCUGUCACCAUUUCACUGGCCUACUCUGUGAAGAAAAUGAUGAAAGACAAUAACCUGGUACGGCACCUGGACGCUUGUGAGACAAUGGGCAAUGCCACAGCCAUUUGCUCUGACAAGACAGGCACAUUGACCAUGAACCGCAUGACUGUGGUACAAGCUUAUAUUGGAGAUACCCAUUACCAUCAGCUCCCAAGUCCCGAUGCCCUUGUGCCCACAGUCCUGGACCUUAUUGUCAAUGGCAUUUCUAUCAACAGUGCCUAUACCUCCAAGAUCCUGCCUCCAGAGAAGGAGGGAGGCCUGCCACGGCAGGUGGGCAACAAGACAGAGUGUGCCCUGUUGGGCUUUGUCACAGACCUGAAGCAGGACUACCAUGCAGUGCGCAGUGAGGUGCCGGAGGAGAAGCUCUAUAAGGUGUACACCUUCAACUCGGUGCGCAAGUCCAUGAGCACAGUCAUCCAGAAGCCCAGUGGUGGCUACCGCAUGUACAGCAAGGGCGCCUCUGAGAUCAUUUUGCGCAAGUGUAAUCGAAUCCUGGACAAGGAAGGAGAAGCAGUACCAUUCAAGAAUAAGGACCGAGAUGAGAUGGUGCACACUGUCAUUGAGCCCAUGGCCUGUGAGGGACUCCGGACUAUCUGCUUAGCUUAUCGUGAUUUCAAUGAUGUAGAGCCCCUGUGGGACAAUGAGAAUGAAAUCCUCACUGAACUGACCUGUAUCGCAGUGGUGGGCAUUGAGGACCCUGUGCGCCCAGAGGUACCAGAAGCUAUCGCCAAAUGCAAAAGAGCUGGCAUUACUGUUAGAAUGGUGACAGGAGACAACAUCAACACAGCCCGGGCCAUUGCCACCAAGUGUGGCAUUGUGACACCUGGGGAUGACUUCCUGUGCUUGGAAGGCAAAGAAUUCAACCGACUCAUCCGCAAUGAGAAGGGCGAGGUAGAGCAAGAAAAGCUGGACAAGAUUUGGCCUAAGCUUCGAGUCCUGGCGCGAUCUUCCCCUACUGACAAGCAUACACUGGUGAAAGGCAUCAUUGAUAGCACUGUUGGGGAGCAGCGCCAGGUGGUGGCUGUCACUGGUGAUGGCACAAAUGAUGGGCCGGCCCUGAAGAAAGCGGAUGUCGGUUUUGCCAUGGGUAUUGCAGGCACAGAUGUGGCCAAGGAGGCAUCAGACAUCAUCCUAACAGAUGACAACUUUACCAGCAUUGUGAAGGCAGUGAUGUGGGGACGAAAUGUCUAUGACAGCAUCUCCAAGUUCCUGCAAUUCCAGCUCACGGUCAAUGUGGUGGCAGUGAUCGUGGCCUUCACCGGAGCCUGCAUCACUCAGGACUCCCCAUUGAAAGCUGUGCAGAUGCUGUGGGUUAAUCUAAUCAUGGACACGUUUGCCUCAUUGGCCUUGGCCACAGAGCCUCCCACAGAGUCUCUAUUAAAGCGUCGUCCCUAUGGCCGAAAUAAGCCUCUGAUCUCACGGACUAUGAUGAAGAACAUCUUGGGCCAUGCAGUCUAUCAGCUCACAGUCAUCUUUUUCCUUGUCUUUGCCGGUGAGAAAUUCUUUGACAUUGAUAGUGGGAGGAAUGCACCUCUACAUUCCCCACCCAGCCAGCACUACACCAUUAUUUUCAACACUUUUGUGCUGAUGCAGCUCUUCAAUGAAAUCAACUCACGCAAGAUCCACGGAGAGAGGAAUGUCUUUUCAGGCAUCUUACGCAACCUCAUCUUUUGUUGUGUGGUUUUGGGCACAUUCAUCAGCCAGAUUUUCAUCGUGGAAUUUGGGGGUAAACCCUUCAGUUGUACGAGGCUCACCGUGUCCCAGUGGUUUUGGUGUCUCUUCAUUGGUAUUGGAGAACUGCUGUGGGGCCAGAUAAUCUCCACAAUACCUACCCAAUCCCUGAAGUUCCUGAAGGAGGCUGGGCAUGGCAUUACCAAAGAGGAGAUCACCAAGGAUGCAGAAGGGCUAGACGAGAUUGACCAUGCAGAGAUGGAGCUACGCCGAGGCCAGAUCCUCUGGUUCCGGGGCCUGAACCGUAUCCAGACUCAGAUCGACGUAAUUAACACAUUCCAGACUGGAGCCUCUUUUCAGGGAGUCCUAAAGCGACAGACCAUGGGUCAACACCAUGAUGUAAAACAUGUUCCUAGCUCAUCCUAUAUCAAAGUGGUCAAAGCAUUCCAUAGUUCCCUCCAUGAAAGCAUCCAGAAACCUAGCAGCCAACACUCCAUCCACAACUUCAUGACCCACCCUGAAUUCACCAUAGAUGAGGAGGUGCCACGAACACCACUCCUGGAUGAGCAAGAGGAGAAAAAUCUUGAAAAGGUUUCCAAGCCUGGGACUAGGGUGCUCCUGUUGGAUGGGGAGGUCACCCCGUACGCCAACAAAAACAACAAUGCGGUGGAUUGCAGCCAGGUGCAAAUUGUUGCCUCCCACUCGGACAGCCCUCUGCACAGCCUGGAGACAUCAGUUUGAACUUUAUUCUCUGACUCCCAUUCCUGCUUUCCCUAUUUCCUGUUCAUCUCUCCCAUCUAUAAGAUGAUCAUGGGACUUUUCACUGUCAUGUCAGUUGCUCUCAAGUAUGUGUGAGCCCCACCUGUCCAUGAAGAAGAGAACAGACCUACAAGGAUUUCAACUUACACUUGAGUUGGGGUUUGUAGUGGGACCCUGUCAAAUCCUAGGCAGUUAGUGAAGUAGAAUCUACUCCUUGGCUAUAUCAGUUGUCAUUUUUAAAGAAGUGAUAUGAUCCUCUUGGCAUCCACCCCAACCUGAAUUCUCCCCCAGCAUUCAUACGUGUGUUGCCAUCCCCUGACUUCUGGAUUUUACCCUAUGAGUCUGUACCAUUUAUAACCUCUAGAGAGACAAAUACUCUCAAAUGAAAUGUGUGGGAAGCAGGAAUGGAAUGUAUGGAAUUAGCCUAUAGAGUGAUUGUUUUUAAAAUCAUUUUCCCAUUUUGAAAACUUAUACCUAAAGCCCUCUAGCUCUUUCCACCCUUCCAGUCAAACUUCCCCAAGGUCUUUUGACUGUUGUCUUCUUUACUUUCACUUUUUUCUUUUUUUAAGUUGUGAUGAUUAAGAAAGUGGAAAAAACCUGGAUGAAUUGAGUCAGCUUUGACCAUUCUCUCUUCUGGUCCCAGCAGACCCCUUGAUUUAGUUUUAGAGGCAGACAAGUUUUCUUUGCUAACAGGGUCUUUUGAAGCUAUUGAGAACUGGUAAGAAUGUACUCCUACUGUUACCAGGUUAUUUACUUCUAAACUUGUCAAGUAUGUGUGGUUCCUAAGUACAAGAGAGAUCGACCUUGACUAUGAAGCUUGCGUAUGUGUGGUAUGUCAUUUUUACUAUAACUCUGAGAUUUCUCCUAUUCCUAAAGUGGCAGCAAAUGAAAUCUAUUGAGAAUGACCCUGUCUCCUAACUGAACUUAGAUAUCAAGGACCAGAAGCUGGCAAGUCUAGGACAAGACAGACCAGCAAAGCCAACUCCUGUAGGAUCUUUGGAGUGACCACUACUGUUUUCAAAGCCAUCUGGCAAGGCUCCUCCAGGGCAGGACCUAGUUGUUGGAAGAUUGAGUGUUGAAAAGCCUUGGGAGCGGCCAAAGGGCCAUUCUAGCAGGACCUGAGAAACCAAAAACCUUGAGCUUAGAUAGCUGGGUAUCAGCUUUGACAUUCCCUUCAGUUGUUUAAUCCUACUCUUUGCUACAUCUCCUAAUUUGUCCAGUCUCUGAAAAGGUUCCAACCUUUCUCAAAUAUUCUGAUUUUGAAAAUAUGGAUCCAAAGUGGGAGGCUCCAGUGACAUUUUGCUGACAUAAAGGAACAAAAGACACCCUAAAAAAUCUCUCCAUCCUCUCUUCCUUUCUCUCACAUGCCCCACACAAGCCCCCCUACAGAACGUGCUCACCUGCUGCACAGUAAAGCUCUGUGCCUUCUUUCCCUGAACACUGCCCAAAGUAUCCCUUUCACCUGCCUCUCAGGAGCUGGGGACUUCUCUAGGAGAUUUUUUUAAGUGUAUCUUAAUGGGACAAGGUGGAGCCACAUUUGCAGCAGCUCCAUUUUUAUCACUGCUGAUGUUGAUUUAUGCUCUUCUGUGCAGGGGUUUGCUCAUGUCUGCCAAUUCCCUCCUCCCACUGAAGCCUGCCCCUCUUUGCAGAGUGAUGGGAGCAGGGAGAAGGGGCUUGAGGGUAUUAUGAAGUGCCAAAUGUCCAUUUGUGAGAGUUAGAGCACCCAAACCUAUCCCCUCCAACCUUUUCUUCUGGAUGCCGCCUCCCUCACCCUUUCACCUGAGCUGUCCAAGGUAGAAAGAGGGAAGAAAACAGUGCUCCCUGGACACCCCCACUGCCACAGAAUCCACCACGUUGGGCUUUGGUUUCAUGAAGGUGACAUGUGUCAGUGAUCUUUGCCCCGUCUGAAACACCCAUGGGGGAGGACAAACAGCUCACACAAGGUGUUAGGUGUUCACAUGUAUAUUUAUUAAGUACAUUGGAAGAUUUAGUUCUGCCAAGUCUUUUAUUACCUCAGAUCAGUUUGAAAAACAAGCCAAUAACAAACUUUGGAGGCUAUUUUACCAUUCCUGCUCCCAAAAGACUCUCAUGGUGCCUGACAGGCUCCUCCUGAGAGUUUGUGUCUACUUUUAAAGUCAACGGUUUUUUAUGUAUUCUAGUUUCCAUAGUAGGAGAGAAAAUAUAGAAAUAUUAUGCAAAAAUAUAUAGUUUUCUUUAGAUCCGAAACUGGUAUUUUUUGAGUCAGCCAUAUGCAUUUUGUUUAAAGGAUUUAAAAAUAAAGUGCUGUCAUGUAACCCUGUGGAGGGAGCCCAUAACCAGCUAUUUAACAUGACAGUUGACUUAGUGUAUUUGUAAUUGGUUCAAAACCAAUGCACCAUAAUUCCUUUCUCCAAACAGCCAUCUUUAUACUUAGGGGAAAAUUUUGUUGGGUUCUAGACUUUUUUAAUAUACAUUUUGUUGAUAUGGAAUUGAAUGAGUUUAAGUGUUUAUGUGCCUAUGUUUUUUUACAUGUUUUUUUCUAUUCAGUUUCAGUAAUCCAGCUGGCAGUGAGUAAAUAUGGCAUAAGUUAAUAAAGCUUUCCCCCAAAAUGGUGCUUUGGAUUUGAAAAGGAACUGAUGGGGAGAAGGGGGAACUAUUAACCUAGACUGCUCUCUUGAUAAGUCUAGAAAAAUGGACAGUAUGCUGGAUGGGAAGGAAAACAUCCAGCAAGAAGGCAGAGCCAGCAGAAGUGAGCGUAUGCCCCCGUGAAGGUGGGUGCCAGGCUCUCUAGUAACAGGUGACUAAGGUCAGGGGCCUUGGUUGGAUUUUGUUUCUUGAGGAAUAGCUGGCAGAGUGGUACCCAAGACAUGAACAUCUCUUGGGCUACAAGGAUACUCUGAUUUGGGGUUUGCAUUUUUUUACCUCCAGCAGGAGGUUCUUUCACCUCCUGUUGCCUCUGGGGUUUUCCAUUAGUGAGGUUUUAUGCAAGGAUCUGAGCUGAGACAUCUUCUCCUUCCCUAGAAAGGUGUUGUGCAAUGUAUAAAAUGGAGAAUAGAGUUCUAAGUGAAAAAAAAAAAAAAAAACAGGCUGAUUCUAGCCCCAGCUGAUCGUCUUAGGGCUAGAUCCUUCCCAUAGGUGCCCUCUGACCUCUGAAAUGACUCACAUCCCUGAAAGUUGUAGAGAGACCAACCUAGAAAUUCCUCUGGCACUUGUGUGUGUUCUUUGGGUUUAGCUUUCUUUUGCCCCUUGAGCUUCAGAGGGGAGCAUUUGCACUUAAAUCUGAGUGAUUACCUCACUGCCAAAACCCAGAGGGGCGUGGCAAGCUCACAUGUGCCCUGAAACCCCAGAGGCAGAGCUUCCUUUCUUUCCGGCUUCCUUGCCUAUCAAUUGAAGCAGCCCAUGAUACCAUCACAAAGUACACACUUCUCACUUUGCCUAACAAGGGACCACCCCACUGCAACGGUGGGGGUGAGGCAUUUGGAAAUGCCUGCUAUUCUUAAGCCAUUCCAGCCCCUUCCUCAGAAUAGACCAGAGAGCCUUCCAUUGAGCUCAGUGCCAGUCUUUUUUGCCUUCCCAGCCCUGCUAUCAGGCCUGCUGUCCCAUUUCCUCUUGCUUAAGAGGUGGAGGGAAGUGAGCUCCCCAUGGCUGAACUAGCCUUUGGUUCAUGUUUCCUCCCCAUAUGUAUAUAUAUGCCAUAUGUGACUAUGCCAUAUAUAUGUGCCAACAAAUCUAACUAUGUUGUUUUUUUCAAAUCAGCACGCAGAUAGGAGAUCUGAGUUUCUUUUAUAUUUUUUUUCGAGUAACUAGUAUAGUAAACACUGGUUUUUUGUAUAAGAAAAAAACAAAACAAAAGAUAGGCCACUGUGGUCUGCAUGAUAUCAGUAAGCAAACGGUGAUAUCAAAUCAGUGUGCACCCCAGUGUGUGUUGCCAUAAUUUGCUGUUCAGCCUAACAGUGCACCCAAUCUGUAUUUGCAUUUUGAUAUUAUUUAAGCUCUCUGUACAAUGUUUUGCAUGUAUUUAUAUGGUUCUUAGGGAAAAAAUGCUAUAAACUGACAAAUCUGAAAUUCAAAUAUGUUGUUCCACUGAGACAGGAAGAAGAGGAGUUUUAAAAGAUGGAAAAAAGGGAUAAUUUUUUUGGAACCAAUAAAGUUUGUUGCUAAUGAGCAGAAUCAGUACUGCCGUGCACUGAGAAUAAAAGCCCACGCCCACUCGUAA